UCGGUGUCAUUGCACGUCGUUUAAUCGUGACUACAUACCUGCAAUGUGCAGUGACACUUCGGCGCUUUUAAUUUUCAGGCAGAUGGAUACAGCAGGAAGCCCUCGGUAUAACGCACCCAACCCGCCUUGCUCCGGGUGGUUAAACUUCAAUGGGGGUUGAACUCAGCACAGCCAGAUUCCAGGAUCAGCAUGUACUUUCAAGGACGAAGACUUGAAGUGCUGUCGAGCCCCAGCUGUUGCAGGAUCGCCCUGACCUGCAGUAGCGCCAGACGAUCGCUGUAGAACAGGAGGGGCAGGGGGGGAGAGGAUGUCAGAGGUCAGCCAACAGCAGGAGAGUCACCGGAUACCUCACAGCUGUUGCCAGAGGCUAAGGAACUUUGUCUCGAAGAUGCCCCUGGUCUUCAACGUCUCCGAGAUUUGUCCUCGGAAGAGGAAGCCACGCUUGGUCAGAUCGAUCAAGAUCUGCCUGACGAUCUCUCCGAGGAAAUCAAGCUCUAAAUCGGCAAGCCAGGAGCAGGCCCAGGCCACAGAGGCUAUGGCGGAACCAGCGUAUACCAUACCGGUGUUCCGGGACAGGACUUCUGAGGGGACAGAGGAGUACCAGCGAGUGACUACGAAUGUUGGGAAAGGACUGACUGUUAUUCAGCAAGAGCUCCACAGGAUGAGGAUGGCCACCAAGGCUCAAGUGGACAGUCUUGCUAUCCAGAGAGAGGUUAAGGACAUGAUGACCAAGAGGGUGGAUGUGUUGGAUGAUAUUCCCAAGAUGCCGGACUUCCUGAUUGCCCUGCGGCCCCACACUGUGUGGGAGAAGACUCCUGUCAAACUCUUCUGCACUGUGCAGGGAAACCCAAGACCUAUUGUGAAAUGGUAUAAAGGAGGAGCGCCAGUCGACCCACUGAACACCCCAGGAAAGUACAAGAUUGAAAGCAAGUAUGGAGUCCACAGUUUGAUCAUUAGCAGGUGUGCUGUGAGUGAUACUGCUGAGUACAGUGCUGUGGCCACCAACCAGCAUGGCACGGCUACCAGCAAGGCUACAGUUAUCGUGAAGAGACCAGCAGGAGUUGGAGAAUCCUGCCAUCUUGGUUUAGUGCCCCAUCUGACUGAGAUCCACCCCAGUAAGCUGGAGGUCGCCCUGCUCGAUCGGUUCUCAGUGACCUUUGGUGUGGAGGGCAGCUCCAUCAGUCUGGCGUGUAGCAUGGUGGUUGUCCCCGACCUCCCCAAUGUACCCCCUCUCGCCCAGUGGUACAGAGACGAUAAACUGCUGAAACCCAGUAAGCUGGCGGGAAUGACAGCAGGUGGAGGAGUGGCCCGUCUGACACUGCCUAACCUGGCAAAGGAUGAUGAGGGUCUCUACACCCUCCGCAUCUUUACAAAGGACGGUACCACCGAGCAUAGCGCCUACAUGUUUGUUUCAGAUGCCGCCGCCUCUCCGGCCGGGGCCCCUGGUGCACCAAUGAGCGUAAAGGCAUAUGACAUCAACUCAGACUACGUCCUGGUUGCCUGGAAACCCCCUAACACCGUCAAUGAGGCGGCAAUCACCGGAUACUUUGUGGAUCGGUGUGAAGCUGGCAGCGACAGCUGGGUCCAGUGCAACGACUCCCCAGUGAAGAUUUGUAAAUACCCGGUGCACGGCUUGAAGGUGGGCCACUCCUACCACUUCCGGGUCCGAGCCGUGAAUCGUGUCGGCAUCAGCAGGCCAUCCCGCAAGUCUGACAAAGUGACCGCUCUCGACGCCGCUGAGAGUGAGAGGCUGCAAGUGAUUAAAAUCGAAGGAAAAUACGAUAUAGUCAUCAAGGAUGAUGAUCUGGAAGGCUACGUAACUAUCCCAGGGGAGCCCAUCGACGUGCACGCAUCAGAGAUUUGCAAAUCAUAUGUCGUGCUGAGCUGGAAGCCUCCCAGCCCCCGCGGACGAGCUCCGCUGUGGUACGUCAUCGAGAAGUGCUUAGCAGGCACUGGAGCAUGGCAGAGGAUCAACACGGCAGUCAAAUUGCACUCCCCUCGUUACCCGGUUUUUGAUUUGCAAGACGGGCAAAAGUACCAGUUCCGAGUGUAUUCAGUCAACAUGUACGGUUCCAGUGAGGCCUCUGCGCCCUCUGAGCCCAUCCAAAAGGUCGAUGAGGAUGGUGUCCCCUCUGCUCCGGGUCAGGUUGUUGCCUCCAGAAACACCAAGACGUCUGUAUUUGUGCAGUGGGAUGCUCCCAAAGUUCUGAAAAACCUCAUGGGAUACUACAUCGACGGCCGCGUUGUUGGAGCAAAGGAUUGGUUCCCCUGUAAUAACAAGCCCUUCAAACACAACAGGUUUGUGGUCCAUGGCCUGAUUCCUGGGGAGAGCUACGUGUUUCGUGUCCAAGCUGUCAACGUCUUUGGCCUCAGUGACGAGUCUCAGGAGUCCUCUCCAAUUGCUGUGGAGCCAGCCCUCGCAACUCCCAGCGCUCCCUUUGGCAUCACCAUGCUGAGCUGUGACGGCUCCUCCAUGACUUUGGCCUGGAAGAGUCCUAAACACUGUGGUGGCUCUAAGGUCAACGCUUAUUACAUCGACAAGCGAAAUGCCGACACUUUGGUGUGGAAGGAGGUCAACCUGGCGGCCGUCACUGAGAGGAUCUGCACUGUUGAUAAUCUAACUGAGGGAACCUUCUACGAGUUCAAGAUCCAGGCCGCUAACAUGGCCGGUGUCGGCGUGCCCUCAGCUCCCAGCGACCCAAUGAAAUGUGAAGCCUGGACCUUCAAUGAGCCAGGCCCAGCCUACGACCUGAGCUUCAGUGAGAUCAGAAGUCACUCCCUGGUGAUCCUGUGGAAGGCUCCAGUUUACACCGGAGCAAGUGCAGUCACUGGAUAUUUGGUGGAAAUGGCCAAGAAGGGCUCAUCAGACUUUGUUACUCUGAAUCAGGAAGCUGUGAGCCACCGUUACCUGCAGGUGACUGGUCUGGAGGAAGGUGAAACUUAUGUGUUCAAAGUCCGUGCUGUCAAUGCAAGUGGCGUUGGAAAACCCUCACAGUUGUCUGAGCCGGUCUGUGCCAAAGCUCUUCCAGGCACCAAGGAGAUUGUGGCUGGCGUAGAUGAGGAAACCGGAGAUGUCUUCCUGUCUCUGGAGGCCUGUGAGAUCUGUGAUACCUCCAAGUUUGUGUGGUCAAAGAACUACAAACAGAUCGGUGACUGCCCCAGAGUGGCCAUCACCACAAAGGGCAGAACCUCCAGACUCACUUUCACCAACCCUGAUAAAGAUGAUCUGGGCAGAUACUCUGUGGUUGUCACCGACACAGAUGGAGUUUCUGGCAGUCACACUCUGACUGAGGACGCCCUGAAUACUAUGCUGGAGCUCAGCUAUGCCAUCAGACAUCCAAUCGUUCCUCUGAAGCACGGUCUGAACUAUGAGGUUUUGGAGAAGGGUCACGUGCGUUUCUGGGUGCAGGCCGUCAAACUGUCAUCGUCUGUAUCCUACAGGUUUAUCGUUAACGACAAGGAGGUCACCAGUGGGGAGGGACACAAGAUCAGCCAUGAUGUGGCCACAGGUAUCAUCCAGAUGACGGUGGAUACUUUCACCAGAGCCAAUGAGGGCACUUACACUGUCCAGAUCAACGACGGCAGGGCCAAAACCCAGAGCUCCCUGGUCCUGGUGGGAGAUGUCUUCAAAGUUGCUCUAAGGGAGGCCGAGUUUCAGAGGAAAGAGCACAUCAGGAAGCAAGGUCCACAUUUCUCUGAGUAUCUGUAUUUCACUGUCACUGAGGACUGCACUGUCAUGCUCGCCUGCAAGAUGGCCAAUGUGAAGAAGGAGACAAGUUUCCGUUGGUACAAAGAGGACGACGAGAUUGUUCCAGAAACUCCUCCCAAUGUCAUGUCUGGAGCCUGCGCUCUUCCCAUCCCUAUGUUCUCCAGAAAAGAUCAGGGUGUUUUCAAGGCCGUGCUCAGUGACGACAGAGGAAAGGACACAUCUGUGUUUGACAUUUCAGGCCAAGUGUUUGAAGACAUCAUCAAUGCCAUCGCCCAAAUCGCUGGUGCAUCUGCCUCUGACCUGGUGCUGCAGUGUACUCCAGAGGGCAUCAGGCUGCAGUGCUACAUGAACUACUACACAGAGGAGAUGAAGACUGUCUGGAAACACAAAGAGAGUAAGAUUGCCUCCUCUGAGAAGAUGAGGAUUGGCGGCACAGCCGAGAUGGCCUGGAUGCAGAUCUGUGAUCCAUCUGACAGGGAGAAGGGUCACUACUCCAUCGAGAUCUCAGACGGCGUGAAGACCCACACCAGGACCUUUGACCUCUCUGGACAAGCAUACACUGAUGCCUAUGAGGAGUACCUAAGACUUAAGGCAGCCGCAUUUGCUGAGAAGAACCGUGGCAGAGUGGUCGGUGGUCUGCCUGAUGUGGUUACUAUUAUGGAAGAAAAGUCUCUGAGCCUGACCUGCACUGUGUGGGGCGAGCCGACCCCUGAGGUCAGCUGGUUCAAGAAUGAGCAGGAAGUCGCCUCUAACGAGCACACCAAGGUCACGUUUGACGGUGGCAAGUUCGCCAGCCUUGUCAUCAACAAAGUCACUCCUGACGACUCUGGCAAGUACAGCAUCAAUGUACGGAACAAGUACGGCGGUGAGUUCGUCGAGAUCACCGUCAGCGUCUACAAGCACGGUGAGAAGAUCCCCGAGCCGAAACUGGGACAGCCCAAAACGCCUGCUGCUACACCUGCAGCUACACCUGCAGCCACACCUGUGCCACCGAGAUCCCCAGCUCCUUCCAAGGCCCCAACCCCCGCUCCUUUAAAGACCCCUGCUUCCACCCCGGUCCCCAAAUCUCCAACCCCAACCCCAAAGUCUCCAACUCCAACCCCAUCUCGCGGCGUGAAGUCGCCCACCCCACCCAGAUUCAUGAAGUCUCCGACUCCACCAAGGAAGUAAACGGUGGUGACAUCUGAGGGGGAAAAGUUUGCUGUUAGCAAAGCUGAUUUAUAGCAUGAGUGUGAAACCAUGAGCUGUUACUUUAAAGUUUAUGUAGAUGUAGUCACUGUGAAAAGUCCCACUAUCUGAACUUCACAUUUACAAAGAGCAAGCUUCUAACCAGUUUGAAGGUUUUUUGUGUUACAGCAUUCACCAUAAUUCUCUCUAUAGUGUCUUAGAACUAGUUGCAGGAUAAAACCUAUUAAAGAGGGACUUUUACAGUGGCUGCUAACAUACAGUAGAUGUCCUUUUCAGUUAUUUCAUAUCAUUCAACUGAUCACCGUGCUUGUGACACAGGUGGGAAAAAGGCACAAAAAACAAGAAAGAUAAAAAACCAGGGUAGAUGUUCUAUGUUUUAAAAGCUGCACCUUCCACUACGCCAUGUUAGUGGAAUGCCUGUAUACAUUUUUUUUUGUGGAUAACUCGUGUUUAUUACAACUUGGCUCAUAUUUACCCAGUUUCAUCAGUGACCUCACUAAGAAAGACGGCGCACAGAUCCCGACAAACGAGCAUUCAGACGAUCAGAGGUUUUAAACAAACAGACAAACUUAUUGGAAGAGAACACAAAGGGUCGGCUCGUAAACCUACAUCACAAGUUUCCUGUACAAUGAGGCAUUAUUACCAACAUUUCAGCUGUGCUCUCCAAAUGAAGUGGUUCAGUUUAGGUUUGUUUUACAACCUGUCUGAUCGAGUAGGAUCUGAGCGAUGUCACCGUGUUCUCAGAUUUUAGCAUCUAAAGUACAAAGUUAUUGCAACCACUAAAAAAUAUGACCAAAACUAUGUAAAUAAGACCAAAGUUGUUAUAAACCAGAAUUAUCCUUUAAACUGGAUGACCUUGGGGUUAGCCGGUGCAGAACUGGGGUUCUGGGCGCGAAAUUAACACCAGAUACCAGAUUAUUUUUUGUUUUUUCUCCGGGGUGGUUAAGUUUUCAUCCAUCAUCAACAGCUCCUUUUGUACCAGGUAGCUUUCAUCAUGUGUUGAUCCUAAUGAAGCAAGUUAGUGAUCCUGUGAAUAAAGAAAUAUUCACUUCCUGCCCUGGUCUGUAUGCCGGAGAGGUCUGUCUGUCUGUCUGUGUCCCCCAAAUGCUUUGUGAUGGCAAUAAACUUUACUUAUCAACCUCC